UUUACUCCAACCACUAGAGGGAGGAUAGAUUACCGUCCAAUAGCCGUGCAGAGUCUUUGAAAAGACAAUGCAGUGAAGUGAUGCUGUAAAGUCAAACUGUCAAACGGGACAGAGGAGAGAAGACAGUGAGACUGUACGGACGGAGAGAGACAAGAGUUUGUUAGAUUUCCAGUGACUGAUCAGAUCUUUGAUUAUGGGAAUGCUGAGGACGUCAGUGGUCCUUCUUCUUCACCUGGCUGCCUCUCUGGCGGCCCCGGUGCCAUGUGAGGAGAAGGUGGUCCGUCUGGAAGCAGAGAUCCAGGGCCUGAAGAAUGUGAUCGACAGCCAGCACCGCUACAUCAGGGAGCUCCAAAACUUCCAAAGCCAACAGCUGGAGCGCUUACCCAACGCACACCUGGGCCUCGAGAACAUCUACAAAGACUGCUCUGAGGUGUUUGCAGAUGGUAACGUGGCUAGUGGUCUGUAUGUGGUCCGGCCCAACGGCGCUCCCACCGCACUGAGCGUCUACUGUGACAUGAACAACGGAGGAGGCUGGACCGUCUUUCAGCGCAGACGAGACGGCAAAGAGAGCUUUGACAGAUCGUGGGUGGAGUACAAGCAUGGAUUUGGAGACCUCCACUCCCCUGAUGGAGAAUUCUGGCUCGGCAAUGAACCUCUACACCUUAUUACCUCACAAGGUAUGUGUACCUGCAUAUAUAUAUAUAUAUAUAUGUGUGUGUGUAUGGUUUGA